AUGGGCUGGGCCAAGUGGGGCUCUGAGCAGCGGGGCCUGUGGGUCUCUGUGCUGGCGGUCCUGCUGGGAGCCUGUCUUGCGUACCCCAUCCGAGACUCCAGCCCUCUCCUCCAAUUCGGAGGCCAGGUCCGGCAGCGCUAUCUCUACACGGAUGACGUGCAGGAAACCGAGGCCCACCUGGAGAUCAGAGCGGAUGGCACAGUGGUGGGGGCCGCCCACCGGAGCCCUGAGAGUCUCUUGGAGCUGAAAGCCUUGAAACCCGGCAUAAUUCAGAUCCUGGGGGUCAAGACCUCCCGCUUCCUUUGCCAGCGACCUGAUGGGGUACUGUACGGAUCGCUCCGUUUCGACCCAGGCGCCUGCAGCUUCAGAGAACUGCUUCUUGAGGACGGAUACAAUGUUUACCGAUCCGAGGCCCAUGGCCUCCCACUCCGCCUGCCCCCCAACAACUCCCCACACGGGGACCCGGCCCCUCAAGGCCCAGCCCGCUUCCUGCCACUGCCAGGCCAGCUCCAGACACCCCUAGAGCCUCUGGGGAUCCUGGCCCCCGAACCCCCUGAUGUGGACUCCUCCGACCCCCUGAGCAUGGUGGGUCCCUCACAGGGCCGAAGUCCCAGCUUCGCUUCCUGA